AUGGCCCGCGGACCGCCGGGCUCCUUUAUGGAUGUGUGGCGAGGAAGGGGCUCUCAGCCUGCGACUCCUGGCUUGCCUCCCGGGCCCUUGGCUUAUGCCACUCUGGGGCCUCGAGGGCCAGCGGGAGUGAGACCUGAAGCCUACGCGGCACCGCAGAGCCCAAUGACGCCUCCGGCAGCUUUCGCUCCACCGUUGCUCUCUACGACAGCUCCUCGACCGAGUUCUUCGAGCCUGGGAGCUGAGAUGAGUUCAGCGCAGCCUGCGAGACCUUCUGGGGUUCCCGAAGGGGACAUUGGAGUUGGCUUAGCAGCCAGGUUUGCUAAUGAGAUGGGAAGCGCCUCCUCCGAAGGAGCAGGCGCUCAAGGACCGCAAGUUCAAAGUGCCUUCGAGCUUCUGGGGCGGAAGCCCCCAGCAGCAAAUGCCACGUCAAGCAUGGACACCUCCGAGGCCAUCGUCCGAGCCCUCACCAUGGCGGUUUCAGGAGAACGGAAAGCCUUGCCAACUUGGGCAGGGAAUGUUUCGACUUUGCGGGCUUGGUUGCGACAGCUUAGCUUCUGGGAACUAGACAACCAGACUCCCAAGCAUCGUUGGGGCAUCAAGCUGUACCAGGCUUUUGCGGAAGGCAGCGUGCCGCGCCGCAUUGCGGAAUCUCUGCCCAUGGAGAAGAUCAUGUCCGAGCAGGGAUACGGAAUGCUGCUUUCAGCUGUCUUGCAGAAGUUUAAGCCCUACCUUGAAGCCGCCGGGCCAGCAGCUGUAGAUGCCUUUUUUUACCAAGGUGAAAGGGCUCGAGCCGAGUCCUUUGCGAACUAUAUUUCGGCAAAGGAGAUCUCCCGCCAGGAGGUGGAGAACAUGACAGGUGAGAAGAUCCCGGACAAGAUCGCCGGGCGCAUACUCCUCAAGCAGGCCAACCUCUCGGAGUCUCAGCGAGAAGCCAUCGCGAUAAAGUACAACGCCUUGCUCUCGUUUGAAGAAGUUGCGGUUGCUUUGCGGCCGCUGGACCGUCCAGAGGCGUUGAUGAAACCGAUGGCAGGGCACACCUCGACCUCUUUGGCCACCUCGACUCCAUCGCACAUGGACUGGCUCUACGAAGGCGAGGAGGCCACUAAGGACGAGGGAUGGGCUGAAGAUGACUGGGGCUACGAGCAGGACGAGGAGAUGGCCGACGACGCUGCGGAGAUCGACCACGAGGACGAGGCCCUGUACAUUUGGGCCUACAAUGAUGCGUACCAGCAACUGGUGCAAGAUGCUCAAGAAGGCCCUUCCUCGACGUCCACGGCCUUUCCUGCGUACCAAGAUGUGCGAAAAGAACUUCAAGCACGGCGAAAAGGACGUCAGUUCUUUCGGCCAGACAAAGGCAAGGGCAAGGGCAAGGGACGCGGACGGUUUGGAGGAAAGGGCCGCGGCAAAGGUGGCUCUCGCCCUUCUGGCAAGGGCAAAGGCAAGUCCCGAAGCAAAGGAUCUGCAGAGGAUCUGAUGGCUCGUACCCGCUGCUACUCUUGCGGCGAGCUGGGCCACUUCAGUCGAGACUGCCCAGCGGGCCCCGACGGCAGUCACCAGCCAACGAACUUCGUCGUCAGCCAAGGCCCCUCGCCAGGGGCCAUCAACAGGGCCUUCAUGACCGCCGGUCGUGGUGUGAUCUCGAUCUACGCAGGCGUCCGCACCUCGGCGGGCGAAGGCCUUGUGGACACCGCGGCAGAGGAUGCCGUGAUCGGAAGCCAGGCAUUCGAUCGGUUGUGUCAGACUCUGGCUUCCUUGGGGUUACGGCCGGUCAAGGUGAAUGGGCCAGCUGCAUUGGCGGCUCAGCCCAGGUCUCUUCGGUCUGGGAUCGGGAUCGCGCAAACAAACGGGUUGCUGAGGAUGACUGUGGUCUCGGACGCAGAUGGUUUCGAGACACCGCUCCUCAUUCCGGUCAGCUUUCAGGAGCUGGUCGGCAUGGUUAUCGACCUGGACAAAGGUGAGGUGCGCACCCGUGCCGGCACUUCCACGGCUAUGCAUAGGCUGCCCACCGGACAUCGCGCAGUUUCUGUUGUUGACUUCAAGGGUCGCUGGGCCCUUCCCCGGCAGCUCAUGCGGUCAGGUCGCGACCCUUUUCAGAUACCUCGAGGACUGCAGUCGCAGAUUAAGCCCGGCCCCAUUGGCCGACACCGUGGAGUGACGGUCUGGCUACGACAGUCGACGGGCGAGCUGGCUCAUGUGAAAACCUUGGAGGGUGAGCGCCAGAGCAUGGUUUUGCCUAGGGAGUGCUUUUCCGAACCCAUGGUGCAGUCUUUGGAACCCUCUCGAGUGACUUUUCUUGAUACCCAGCCUGGUUGCCACCCGUACGUGAUCAACGACUCUUGGAAUAACAGCCUGGGCUCCCGAACCCUCGAUGAACCUUGGACAGGCACCGUUAUUUUUCAGCAACACAGCCCGGCUUCUCAAUUGUCUUCCCCGUCUACUGCCUCCACGCCGCCUCUCUCUACUACCCCCUCGCGCCAGGCGACCAGCAGCUCGGCGCUUUCAUCGUCAGAGGUGCGCCAGUUCAGCCUGUCCGAUGGUGAAACUCCUCAGGAAACGUCAGUGGCGUGGGAUUUCGAGGGUGUUUUCUCUUCAGGUUUCGGGGAGGAGAGUGUGAACCAAGCUCUUCACCCUCGAAUGCAGCAGUCCAUGGAUGUCUGGAUGCAAGUGCGCAGCAAGGGACGUAAAGUGGUUGAGCAGUUGUCGCGAGCUGCAAGUGCGAACUUCUUCGUGAACGUGGUUCAAAGUCCGAUUGCAAGUUCGCAACCCAUGCUGGGACAGCUGUUUCGCUACUGCUUUGUGCGCCUUCGCAAUGCAACGCAGGAUCCAGGAGCUGGUCUACAAGGAGGAGUUCCAAGUGAAAGGCCCGGUGGAGAAACGGAGGAGAGGCCAGGAAUGGUGUUGCCGAUCGUGGGCCCGCCUUACAGGGUUGCUGGUUCGAAUGAUCAUCACGACCCGGCAACAAAUGGUGAUCGACGAGGUGACCCGGGCCCCACCGCCUCCGACCAGUUCGGCUUCCUCCUCGACGGCACCAGUGAAGAACAAGGGCCAACGAAAUCAACAACCGGUUCGCCAAGGUCUGGGUGCGCCCAUGACCCGCAGCCAAGUGAAAAACACGUGGACGGCUCGGCCGGAGUCGUGCCCCUGAGGAUGAGAGGAAACCAAGCUCAGUUCUGGUGGGUUUGCCUUCGUUGCGGUUCGCGCUGGGAAAGAACUUUGGUGGAGACGGUGGCCAGCAAGAAUCCCCCUCCGGCACCGGCUCGGAGAACCUAUGUGAUUACCGAGCCCCCGAAGCUUCUUCCUCCUCCACGCUCCAAGCCAAGUCUGGGAACUCUGUCCCGCGAGCAGGCACAGUCGACCUGGCGGAACAACGUGAAGGAGGUGAUGCGCGACUACGAGACCGAGGACCACCUGACCAGACCUCAGGACCCGGAGUGUGCCUUCGACCAGCCAAUGGAGGAGUUCUACGAGGACGACGAGAGAGCUCCAGGUGGACGUCAGACAGAUGACGAGCGGACGGGCACCCACCGAAUGGGCCGACUACACGGAAAGGAGUCAAGGACCUAUGAAGGAGGAGCCAAGCAGAUCUACGUCAGCGACAAGACGCUCGAGGAGCCUGCCGUCCGGAGUGAGUCCAAUACAGGAACCUUCUCGACGCAGGCAGGUGGCGAUGUCGAGUCAAGGCCCGGAAGUGUAUGCCCUCGACGAGGCGAGCGACUCCGACUUCAACAAGGACAAGACCCCGAGCUCCUUUUCCGUGGUGAGUGCGGCGACCCUCCUGGAGCGCGAGAGCGAGCAGUGAAGGGAAACCUUCCGAAGACAACGGCGCUAAUGAUGCUGGGCUCGGCUCCAGAAACUACGCGGCACUUCUUCGCAAAGCGAGGCUAUGCGUCGACUUGCGGUCUAGCAAUUCUUCUUUCGGUGGCAGAUCAGAUGCAUCCUUUGGCGGCAUCGUCAAUUUCGAAGUUGCCAUUUUGCCGGCUGGAGGCUGGCCAAGUACAAGGGGAUGCAGCAGAUCGACCACACAAUUUUGUCCUUUUUCAGUUGCCAGAGACUUACGAGUACAAUGGCUCUACGUGUAACGACCGUGCGUGCACUUUGCCCCGGUCAGAGAAAGAGUUUGUGGUUGCCAACUUGGAGAAUUACCUCAACGCGGAAGAUGCGGGGACCACGUCAUCUACUCAACCUGAGUCACCCAGCCAAAUCAGCAUCUACUACCAGUUCUCCACAACCACUCGAAAAGCAACGAUCGGGACUUUCCUUAGUGAAUCCUUCGAUCAAUCUUCACAGCACUCAAAGAAGCUCUUCAAUGACUACCAGCAAACGAGGACGCUAGUCGAUGGUGGCAUGCAGUACACUGGUGAGGUGGGCAUGAGAGCGCUGAGUUUCAUGAUCGCAUGGCAUUUUCAGAAUGUACACAACGGCAGAGAUGCGUUGAAGCUGGUGACAGAGUCCCGACCAGCCUUCGUGGCAGUUCCAGUCAACGGCGCAAGUUUUUCCGCGGCAGUUGGCAUGGCCAAGGUCCAAGAUGUGAGUGGCCGAGUUUUCGCUCUCAGUUGUCCUGGUCGGUUUAAGCGAGGCCUCUUACGUCAAUUACCACAAGCGACAGCAGUGCCGGUGCGGUUCAAGGAUCCCGGCAAGGUGUGUUGGGUGGUCGUCAACGACAAAACUCUGGUGCGUCUCCUAUCGAACGUCGGCUGGGCAAAGCUUGCGUGGCCGGAGACGGACGAUGAGAGCCUUGAUCGCACCGUUUUGGAGUACUUGCACGGCCUCUGCUACCCUCUCUCCUUCCAGGCCGAGUCCCCCUUUGGCAAUCAGCCACUUUUGGCUGCGGCUGCUCAGCGUGCUCUCCCUGCUUUCGAGAGUCUUCUAACGGCGGUCCGCACCAAUACGGCCUUCGUCACAUCGUCGGCGCCUUCUUUUGGGGGAGGCAGGGCGGUGGCAUCGUCUACUUCACAAAGUUUUGCACUUGUUCAAGAAGAAGAACCGAAUCAAGAAGCAGAGCUGUUGGAAGAAGAUGCCCGAAUCGGACCACGGCCCGGAGACCCCGACGGUGACGAAGCUGUUCAAGAAGUUCGGCGAGGAUUAAGGCCAGUUACCGAAGGAGACCAGGUGAAGCAAGCACUUAAAUCCUGGGAUGACUUUCGGAAACAUGAGGAGAAGGGGAAGUUUUCGCUACACCCUCACUUGAGGCGAGAGAUCUUCAAGGUCCAUCGAAACCUCAAUCACCCGGCCAAGGACGUCUUCCUCAGAGCACUACGACAUGCUGGAGUUCGGCAAGACAUUCUCGAAUGGAUCAAGGAGUUCUUCGCGUGCCCACUGUGUGAGGCAUCGAGAAAGACACUACCUGCACGUCCGGCACACUUGGCAAAGACCCUCCAGUUCAAUGCCAUCAUUGCCAUGGAUCUGUUCUACCUCAACUUGUUCGGAGAAGAAAAGGUGUUCCUGAUCUGUGUGGAUCAUGGCUCGGGAAUGAUUCAGGCAGCAAGAUGUGCCAACGCAAAAUCGGCAACCGUGCGGGACGUCUUCGCCUCUCCCGAACUAGUGGUCUCAGACUUGGGCCCGGAGUUCUAUGGCGAGCCCUUCCAGGAGUACCUCGCCUCGGCAGGAACGGCCAUGCACUUUACGGACGCAAUGAGUCCUUGGAAGAAUGGCCGAGCGGAGAGAGCGGUACAGACAGUGAAGGCCAAGCUCAAAACUACGAUUGCCGAGACUUCAGCGACCGCGGACGAGCUGGACCUUUGCUUAGCCCAGGUCAUCGCCUCCUUUAACCAGAUGUUCGAUCGGUUCGGGUUCUCCCCGAACCAAAGGGUCUUUGGUCGAUCAAUUCGGCUACCGGGCUCCUUGUUGGCCGACGACCACCUGGACCCCGACCUGGUGAUGGAAGCUGCAGGUGCAGAGAUGAAGCGCACCUGGGAUAUUCGAGAGGCCGCUCAAGCAGCGUGGCUUAAGCGGUCAGAUGAGGUGGCUGUUCAGCGAGCUAAGAAAGUAAUGACUCGGCUAUCGGAUGAGAAGUCCGCUGCACUACGGCCAGGACAGUGGGUCUACGUGUGGCGAAGGACCGAGAACAAGUUCGGUUGGGUUGGCCCAGGCGCCCUGGUCGCUCCGUGCCCGGGGAAUGGUUCCUGGUGGGUCAACAUGAGAGGCAGGCUAUGGAAAGUCAACUCAGAGCAGCUUAGGCCUGCUUCUUCAGAAGAGACCCUCGGAGCCAGCUUGGCCAAGGAGCUUCACCGGGAUCUGGUCAAGCAGAUCCGCGAGGGAAACCAACCGGGCUACCAGGACUUCACAGCAGACGGCGGUCCGGACGACUUCGAUGACUACGAGCCGAGUGAACCAGAACUACCACGAGGAGGCGAACCAGAACAACCACAAGGAGUCGGACCAGAACAGCUUCACGGAGAGGAUGGUACUGAGUCCAUGGAUGUGUCCACUGCCCUUGGCGAGGACUUCAGCGAGGCUCCCAUUGCCUCAACGCAGGAUCCCAGUCGCCGACAAAGUGUGCAAUCAGCGGCUCCUUCAACUUUGGAAGCCCCCACGAUGAACUCCCCUCGGAUCAUUCGAGUCGAUGAGGGCAGCUCUGGGACAAUGCACUUCGGUCCUAUCCGAGAUACCAGCAACACGGCGACCAGCAAUCCCUACCUGGCCACCGCGGAGGAGGAGGUUCCCCCGUCUGAGCACAUGGACGUCAUGGACCUCGACGCCGAGGCCGGAGGGUUGCAGUGGAACUACUGGUCAACGGCCGGACCGAGAUGGAUACGACAGGCCACGAGUGGCCGGACCUUUCUCCAGGCUUCCAAGCCCCAUGUAAAGUUCCAGGCGCUGGAUGGAGAGGCGAGUUAUUGCGGACGGGACCGUUGCAUGUACGUCGCCAAAGCAAAGACGUCGUUCGGCCAAGUGGAUUUCCGGUCCCUCGAGGAGAAGGAGAAGGCUGUGUUCCGAGCCAGCAGGGCCAAGGAGUUCCAGUCCCUCCUCGACAACAAGGCAGUAAGAGUGCUUUCGGUGGCAGAGUCGGAGAAGUUUAGGAGGGAGCAUCCAGAACACAUUCUGGAAUCCAGAUUCGUUGAUCGGUAUAAGCCCUUGGAUGUGAACCAGAAAGACAUCGACAAAGUGAAGAGGGCGGCGAUCGAAUCUGGACAACUAGCUCCUCUCGAACUUUCUGCGGACUUGUCGAGUCCGAAAAGUAGGUGGUGCGUCAUAGGAUGGAGGGAUCCUCAGAUACACCAGGUGGAGCGUAGUGCUCCGACUCCGUCAAGCAAUGCGAUCUACACCGUCUUACAACUCGCGUCAUCCCGCAGAUGGACAACAUUUGUCCGAGACGUGAAAACUGCGUUUCUGCAGAGCCGGCCCACUGACCGUAAGAACCCCCUGGCAUGCUCCCAACCACGUGACGAACCACUUCCAAAUCUGGACCCGAGGCAAUUGCUAGUACUGCUGACGGAAAUCUACGGCCUGGUGAGCGGCCCCUCCUGGUGGCGCUCCACCUUUCUUCUGCGGACUACCAGGCUCGGCUACAAGGUUUGCCCCUUUGAACCGUGUGUGCUCACAUUACCGGGGACCGAGCCAGCCUCAGCUACGCGAGGAGCCUUGGUGAUAGAAGUGGACGACGUGGUUGAGUGUGGCGAUGACCGUCAUCGCGAAUGCGUGUCCGAGCUGGAGAAGACGAUCAAGUUCGGCAAGUCCAUCAACGUGCAGGAGACAGAGACGAUGUACGCGGGCCGGAGUCUGAAACAGUUGCCCGACUACUCCUUUGAGUUGCACAUGGAGCAGUACGUGUACACCAGGCUGUCCCCGAUCGUGCUCUCUCGCAAGGUGCUUAAGAAGGACGCGGCGUCGGUGGUGCUCAACGAGUCUGAGCAGACGCAGCUGAGGGGCGCCAUCGCGGCGCUCUCCUGGGUGUCACGGGAGUGUCGACCGGAUGCAGCAGCUGCAUCCAGUGCGCUGGCCUCUUCUUUCCCGGACCCAACGGUGGAGACGCUGUAUCAGGCCAAUGACGUUAUCCGACACCUCAAGCAGCACCCGGUGAAACUACGCAUCCACGCCAUUCCCGAGGCAGACGUCCGCAACAUCCUCAUCGCGGACUCGGCGUUUGACACGAGUGGCAAGGAAAGGUCCCAGCACGGCUUCCUUCUCGGCUUCACGGACAAGACGCUAAACGUGGGACAUAGCGCUCCAGUGAGCCUCAUUAUGUGGCGGUCAAAGAGGUUGAGAAGGAAAGCCUCAUCCUCCAUGCUAUGCGAGGCUCUGUCGAUGUCUUCGGCAACCGCGGCUCUGGAGAAGCAAGAUGCCUUGUGGGCCUCCCUUCGCGUUUCCAACUUCGACCUUCGAGAACGGCAACGCACCGACGAGGAGAUCCUCGAGCUCCAAGGCAAGGCCACGGUCAUCGCAGCCGAAUCACCUUCGUACACCGACCCUCGCAGCAUCGUGGUCAUUGACGCGAAGUCUCUUUACGAUCACCUUCUAGGCGAUCAACCAGGUGAGUGCGGCCGCUGUAACCUCGAGGUGGCGGUGAUCAAAGAGAGCAUGACGUUGUGCUGUGGUCGAGUGCGUUGGGUUCCUCACAAUUUGAACCCAAGUGAUGCACUUACAAAGUUUCCAGGUGCACACGUAGAGGCGAUGAUUCGUUUGCUCCGGACUCAUCGCUUUCGAAUCAGCGAUGAAGCGGAGACGCUUGCUCAAGGCAAGCAGAGCGCACAGCGCUUGAAGCAGGGUUUAGGCACUGACUUUUCCGGAAACCUUAAUCUUUUCGGGGGCUGUGAGCACAAGUAUGCUGUCUAG